AUGCAGCUCGUGAACGCUGGAUUCAACAUCGAAUAUCUUCUGGCCGCUUCUGACAGGAGGCCUCCUGAUUGUGAGAUCUGCAUAGUUGUUGUCCCAUCGAUCGACAUCAACUGUUUCAGGCACGGAGAACUCAAAUUUGUGACCUCGGAUGGGGCCAUGGAAAGGGGCUUGAUCUCCACACUACUAGUAAGCGACGCGAAAGUUCGGUUGACCCCGCACCCCAGAGUUCUUUGUAGGGCUGUGAUCGACGGGCUUACCACUACUGCGUAG